GGCGGCGGCGAGCGGCGCGGGGGGGCCCCCUCCGGCCCCGCGGCUGCCCCCGGCCCCGCCGCCCCCGCGGCCCCCCGGGCCCGCCCGCAUCGGCUACUACGAGAUCGAGCGGACCAUCGGCAAGGGCAACUUCGCCGUGGUGAAGCUGGCCACGCACCUGGUGACCCGCGCCAAGGUUGCUAUCAAGAUAAUUGAUAAGACACAGCUGGAUGAAGAGAACCUGAAGAAGAUAUUUAGAGAAGUUCAGAUCAUGAAGAUGCUUUGCCACCCACAUAUCAUCCGGUUAUACCAGGUUAUGGAGACGGAGAGGAUGAUUUAUCUCGUGACAGAGUAUGCUAGUGGAGGGGAAAUAUUUGAUCACUUGGUGGCCCAUGGGCGUAUGGCGGAGAAGGAAGCCCGGAGAAAGUUCAAGCAAAUCGUGGCUGCUGUCAACUUCUGCCACUGUCGUAAUAUAGUCCACAGAGAUCUGAAGGCAGAAAAUCUACUUCUGGAUGCUAACCUUAACAUCAAAAUAGCAGAUUUUGGGUUCAGCAACAUCUUCACACCUGGUCAGCUGCUUAAAACCUGGUGUGGGAGUCCCCCCUACGCUGCUCCCGAGCUCUUCGAAGGAAAGGAGUACGAUGGGCCAAAGGUUGACAUUUGGAGUCUCGGCGUGGUGCUCUACGUGCUGGUCUGCGGCGCUCUGCCCUUCGACGGGAGCACGCUGCAGAACCUGCGGGCGAGGGUGCUCAGUGGGAAAUUUCGCAUUCCAUUUUUCAUGUCCACAGAAUGUGAACACCUGAUCCGCCACAUGCUGGUCCUGGACCCAAGCAAGCGGCUCUCCAUGGAGCAGAUCUGCAAACACAAGUGGAUGAAGCUCGGGGAGGCCGACGCGGAGUUUGACAGGCUGAUCGCAGAGUGUCAGCACCUGAAGACCGAGAGGCAGAUGGAGCCGCUGAACGAGGACGUGUUGCUGGCAAUGGCCGACAUGGGGCUGGACAAGGAGCGCACAAUUCAGUCUUUAAGAGCCGAUGCUUACGAUCACUACAGUGCAAUCUACAGCCUGCUCUGCGACCGUCUGAAGAGGCACAAGAACCUGCGCAUUGCAGCAUCGCCCAGUAUACCCCGGGCCGUGACGUUCCCCACCUCUGCGAACAUCCAGCAGACAGAGCAGACGGGCAACACCAUGAGCAUCAACGUGCCGCAAGUCCAGCUCAUCAACCCUGAGAACCAGAUUGUGGAGACUGACGGAACGAUGAACUUGGACAGUGACGAAGGGGAAGAGCCGUCACCCGAAGCUCUGGUCCGCUACCUCUCCAUGCGAAGGCACACGGUUGGAGUAGCUGACCCACGGACGGAGGUCAUGGAGGAUCUGCAGAAGCUGCUGCCUGGCUUCCCCCGUGUCGCCCCUCAGGCGCCGUUCCUGCAGGUGACCCCGAAUGUGAACUUCAUGCACAGCGUGCUGCCGAGGCAGAACCUGCAGCCCACGGGUCAGCUGGAGUACAAGGAGCAGUCCCUGCUGCAGCCCCCCACCCUGCAGCUGCUGAACGGCAUGGGCCCUCUGGGGCGGCGCGCCUCCGACGGCGGGGCGAACAUCCAGCUGCACGCCCAGCAACUGCUGAAGCGUCCGCGAGGCCCUUCGCCGCUCGUCACCAUGACGCCAGCUGUCCCCGCUGUCACCCCUGUGGACGAGGAGAGCUCCGACGGGGAGCCGGAUCAGGAAGCCGUGCAGAGAUACUUGGCAAAUAGGUCAAAAAGGCACACUCUGGCAAUGACCAACCCUACAGCUGAAAUCCCUCCAGACUUGCAGAGGCAGCUAGGACAGCAGUCCUUCCGACCCCGGGCUUGGGCUCCACACCUGGUACCCGAUCAGCACCGUUCUAUUUACAAGGACUCAAACACUCUGCACCUCCCCACCGAACGCUUCUCCCCGGUUCGGCGCUUCUCUGACGGUGCUGCCAGCAUCCAGGCUUUCAAAGCCCACCUGGAGAAGAUGGGCAAUAACAGCAGCAUCAAACAGCUUCAGCAGGAGUGCGAGCAGCUUCAGAAGAUGUAUGGCGGGCACAUGGACGAGAGGACGCUGGAGAAGACGCAGCAGCAGCACAUGUUGUACCAGCAGGAGCAGCACCAUCAGAUUCUUCAUCAGCAGAUCCAGGACUGCAUCCGGCCACCCCAGCCAUCUCCGCCCUUGCAAGCUCCGUGUGAAAACCAGCCAGCUCUGCUCACUCACCAGCUUCAGAGGUUACGGAUUCAGCCGUCCAGCCCGCCCCCGAACCACCCGAACAACCAUCUCUUCAGGCAGCCGAACAGCAGCCCACCUCCUGUGAGCAGCGGCGUGCUCCAGCCCCACGGUGCCGCCUCCCAGCCCCAGUUCCAAGGGAUGCCGUCCCACAGCACCAUCUUCCCGCAGUCCGGUAACUGUUCCCCUCCCCCGAGCAUGGGGCUGCCGUGCCUGGGCCUGCCGCAGCAGUCGCAGCCUCAGCAGGUCACUAUCCAAGUGCAGGAGCCCGGCGACAUGGUCGGCACCAACCUGCUGCCAGGGGCCUCGGUGGCCGGGCAGGGGCUGUCCCCCCACGCGCGGGGCAUGCCGCUCAGCCCCGGCGCCGGCCAGAUGCAGCUGCAGCACCGCGCCAGCCUCAUGGCCUCCCUCACCUACGGGCACCGGCAGUUGUCCAAGCAGCUCAGCGCCGACAGCGCCGAGUCGCACAGCCUGACCGUGAGCAGCCGGUAUCCCCCCGCCACCUACGACCAGGUGCACUUACACCCCCACCUGUUCCCGGAGCAGCCCCGCGUGUCCCCCAGCGGCUACAGCCCGGCGGGAGGAGUCGCCUUUCCUCCAGCUCAGCAGGCUCUGAAGGUCCCGCAGCUCGACCAGUACCCCAGUUUCCCUCCGAACGCACAUCAGCAACAGCAGCACUACACCGCAUCGGCGCUACAGCAAGCGCUGUUGUCCCCGACGCCUCCCGACUACAGCCGACACCAGCAGGUACCGCACAUCCUCCAGGGACUGCUUUCUCCCCGGCACUCGCUCACGGGGCACACGGACAUGCGGCUGCCCCAGGCAGAAUUUGCACAGCUCAUCAAGCGGCGGCAGCAGCAGCAGCAGCAGCAGCAGCAGCAGCAGCAAGAAUUUCAAGAGUUGUUCAGGCACAUGAGCCAAGGGGAUGCCGGGAACAUGGGCGCCAGCGUGGGACAGAGCCUCUCGGAGCGCCAGUCCUUGUCUUUGCCUUAUCAGAGCGCUGACACGUACCACCCCCAGAGCAGCCCCCAGCAUCUCCUAAAAAUCAGGGCGCAAGAAUGUAUCCAGCAGGUACCUGCGCCAGUGCCGCCACACGGGUACGGGCACCAGCCCGCCCUGUUCCACUCGGAGAGCAUGGAGGAGGACUGCGCGUGCGAGGGGGCCAGGGACAGCUUUCCGGACAGUAAGAGUUCAAACACGUUGACCAAAGGUUGCCACGAGACCCCUCUGCUGGUAAACGCGGGAGGGCACGGGGACCCAGAACCUUUGCUAGGAACUGCUAAUCACGCCCAGGAGCUGGGGACGCACCAGUACAGACACCACCCGCCCGCUGCUGGAUUCAGCAGGAAUAAGGUGCCCAGCAGAGAGUCCAUCGUAGGGAACUGCAUGGAGAGGAGCUCCCCCGGCCAAGCGAUGCAGGGGCCCGACCACAACGGGCUGGGCUACCCGGCGCGUCCCACCUCCAGCGAGCACCCGCGGCCCCGGACCCUGCAGAGACAUCACACCAUUCAGAACAGUGAUGAUGCCUACGUGCAGUUAGAUAACUUGCCUGGAAUGAGCUUAAUGGCAGGAAAAGCACUAAGCUCUGCUCGGAUGUCCGAUGCCGUCCUCAGCCAGUCCUCGCUGAUGGCCAGCCAGCAGCUGCGCGACAGGGAGGGCGAGGAGUGCGGGGAGAGUUUGGAAGGUCAAGAGCAUCCCAACCUAGGUGAUGGCAACCAGCAUCUAAACACCUCCUGUUACCCGUCGACGUGUAUUACAGACGUCCUGCUGAGCUACAAGCACCCCGAGGUGCCCUUCGGGAUGGAGCAGGCGGGGGUGUAACCAGGAGGAAGUUUUAUGUACAGCUUUGAAACGAAAAGGUCCAUUUUAAACCAACAGUAUCUAGCAGCAUUGCGCCAAAUUGCCGUAGUAUUUCUGACUAACUGGAAUACCAUGGCCCCUUUCCUCAUAGUCAGCUCAUCCCGUGUGUCGUUCCUUUUGGUUUCUUUACGUUUUGCCAUGUUUCCCUGUAACUCCAGCUACCAGAGAAAUGAGCGGAGACCCCGCGUCCUGCACGUCGGCAGAGGAUUCACGGAGCCCGAGCGCUGAGGCUGGUUGGGAGGGCUGUUAGGGGCCGGGGCCGCCCCGGCGAGCGCGGCACGGCACGGCGCGGCGCGGCGGAGCCCUCCCCGAGGCCGCGCUGUCCUUCCACUCGUCCCCCCUUUGCACUGGGGAGGGGCCCAGCGUGACGGAGCCGGGGGGCGAGGACGCUGCGGCCCCGGCCGUGCCCCGGCGGGGAGCACCCGCCCCGGUGCGAUACGCUUCUGGUCUCAUCUGUGUCCGCUUCUGUUCCUUCUCUCCGUCGGUCAGCGUGCCCAAGGGAUCGCCUCCCCCCCGCCCCCUCCAACCUUUUCUUUCCAAAUCCGCAUACGACUUGGGUUUGCUUUUUUUUCCUCCCUUUUCCUGGCUUCAUGUAGGGAAGGCAGAUUUUUUUUUUUUUUCUUUGUUUUCUUAGCUUCUCCUCCCAAUCACGUAGGAGUUGUUUUUUGGUAAAUGUUGUUUUAUUAUUAUUGUUAUUAAUAAAAGGCAAAAGGACUUUCUGUUUGAGAGAAAUUUUUAACUAGAUUCUGUUCUAUAUGAAUUGUGACUUGCACCUUCUGUUCAAAGUAUUUUAUUUCUUUUGAUGACAUUGUACUUGUGACUGGUUUUCUCUCUCGUGCCAGUGGCGACAGUGGUAUUCUCCUUUAUCCAGUUCAGACGUGCAUAGAGCUCUUCUUCUUUGUCCUUCUUUCCAUCCUUUCCUUGACGGAUAGAGCGUGAAGCCCUCCCCGAGCCGGGGCUCGGGAGCACUUGGUGUCCUCGUUGCCUUUUGGGACUCUACAAGUGACAGCUCCCAUCCUUCUCAUCGACACUUUUCUGGAACAUUUUUUAACAAGAGGAAAAACCGACCCAGCCCUCCUCGAUUUGCACAGAAGGAAGUGUGAAACCAGCACGGCAGAGGUGACUUUGCUGUCCUUAACCCGCGCCUCUCCCCUGCCCCGGGGCAGUGACGCCACCGGCCCCCCGGGACGCGCGGGGAGGGACCCGCGGCCGGGCCCCCCCCCCCGGGGGGGGCGAGCGGGGCGAGCCGGGGACACGCUGAAAGCCUUUCGCUCCGUACCUUUGGUUUGUUUUCCUUUCGUUUACAUGACACUGUACUUCUGGGAGAGCCGGCGGCCACCCUCCAGCAAGCAUCCGAAACAGCAGGGACUCGCUUACCCGUGCCAUUUCGCAGUAUCACACUUUUUUUAUCAUCGCUUUGUAUUGUAGUAAUCAAUACGCGCAGUAUAUGUUGAAUGUAUAUUAAUAUACUUUGCUAUUAUUUCUGUUUUUUGGAAAUGUCAGAAGUAUUUUUUUCUUCCUCAUUUACGUUGGACUAAACCCAAGAAGUUUCAGUAAACCUUCAGUCCGAUUUUUUGUGGGUCACUUGCAACUAGUCAGUUAGUUGGACAGUGGGAUCAUGACAAAUAAAACCAUGAUUAUGAUCUUCCCCCCA